UGUUCACGCCGCCAGAUCCAGUGUUUGUUUGUCGCAACCCCGUAUGGAAAAUGGAGACGCUACACCAGGACCGGACGAGCUAAAGAUCAAUUAAUGCUCAUGUGAUUUUUUUUUUAGACCAGACAAACCGGUAUUAAUAGCAUCCGGCUUCCAGUCAGACGAACCACCGGCCAAGACAACCAUGGAAAUCUUUGGGAAUUUAGAGCGCAUUAAGGUGUUUCCACAUCUGGAAGUAGGAAAUGACAACACGUCUCCGAUACUUUAAAUGCAACAUCUAGGAUCGCCGGCUUUCAACAUGAUCAAACGUACUCUUAGUUUAAAUUCGUGAGAAAUGAGCGCAAACAGAUCUGAGACACAAAACGAUUAGUCAGCUAGUUUCGUUGUAUAUUUUAGUUGUUUUUGGUUUUAAUUUUAAACGUGCGUUUUAGAAAUAGAAAUGGGAUUUUUUAUAAAUAUAUAUCAUUUAUAACGUCAGUGAUAUUUUAGUUACACUUUUUUUUUAGUUACAAUUUUUUUUUGCAACGAGACGAAUAGCAAUAACUGUAAAAAUGAGAUCUCUGGCACCGGGAAUCAAACUCAUCACCUCUUUCUCUAGAGACAGCUGGUACCGGUUCUUCAUCCUCAUCCUCACGUUUGUCUUCUAUACCACCUACCACCUCUCUCGAAAGCCUAUCAGUAUUGUCAAGAGCCAGCUGCACAGAAACUGCUCUAAUGUUAUUCAUCCAGCAGACCUCAACAUCACUGACAAUGACACCUGGUGUGACUGGGCUCCUUUUGACAAGAACAAUUACCAGAACCUGUUUGGAGUGUUGGACAACUGCUUUCUUGUUGCUUAUGCUAUUGGCAUGUUCUUUAGUGGGAUGUUUGGAGAGCGAUUGCCUUUGCGUUACUACCUGAGCUCAGGGAUGAUUCUCAGUGGCCUUUUCACUGUUCUGUUUGGCCUGGGCUUUUACUGGCAAAUCCACUCUUUGUGGUAUUACUGCUUAGUUCAGGCCUUAAAUGGGCUGGUGCAGACUACCGGCUGGCCGGCGGUGGUAGCGUGUGUUGGGAACUGGUUUGGGAAGGGAAAGCGUGGAUUCAUCAUGGGGAUCUGGAACUCUCAUACCUCAGUAGGAAACAUUCUGGGCUCCCUCAUUGCUGGGGUCUAUGUGUCGUCCUCGUGGGGCCUGUCAUUCAUUGUGCCUGGUAUCAUCAUCGCUUCUGCUGGAGUCAUCUGCUUUUUGUUCUUGGUUGAAAAACCUGAAGAUGUGAACUGUACUCUACCACAACAUCAUGAGAGUGUGGAGCAGGAGCCUCUACUGAGGAACUCAUCCAGUAAUGAGGAGAUCUUCAGCACUAACACCUCCACAGCCGUAGAGCCGGAGGAGGAUCACACAGAAGCCAUCAGCUUCUGCGGCGCACUCAGGAUUCCUGGUGUGGUGGAGUUCUCUCUGUGUUUGCUUUUUGCUAAGCUGGUCAGCUACACCUUCCUCUACUGGCUUCCUUUAUACAUCGCUAAUGUCGCUCAUUUUGACCCUAAAGAAGCUGGGGACCUAUCUACGUUGUUUGAUGUUGGAGGAAUUGUGGGUGGCAUCCUGGCUGGAUUGAUAUCAGACUACAGUGGAGGCAGAGCCACUACUUGCUGUGCCAUGUUGAUCAUUGCUGCUCCUAUGCUGUUCCUGUACAAUAAAAUUGGGCAGAAUGGCUUGCCGACCACCAUUGGCAUGUUGCUGUGGUGUGGUGCUCUCGUGAAUGGACCCUAUGCCCUCAUCACCACUGCUGUAUCAGCUGACCUAGGAACCCAUGAGUGCCUGAGAGGGAACUCUAGAGCACUGUCCACUGUGACCGCUAUUAUUGACGGCACUGGAUCAAUAGGCGCCGCUAUUGGGCCUCUGUUGGCUGGUCUGAUUUCUCCCACCGGUUGGAAUAAUGUUUUCUAUAUGCUCAUUGCUGCUGAUGUGCUGGCCUGUCUGCUGUUGUCCAGGCUUGUGUAUAAGGAGGUCAGAGGAUGGUGCGGAUACACUACAAGGCAGAGAGGGUUCAAAGAGAUCUGAGCCGCCCGUCGAACAAGAGAAUAUCACACCUGUGACGGAAAAUUACCUGCAGCAUAACGACAAAAAGGGACCAUGGGUUGAUCCAACACACCAAGCCUUUUUAUGCCCAAGGGUUAUUUUAUAUGAAAAUUGUAACAUGAGACUUUCAUCCUUUUAUACUGAUAAUGGAACAAAGCUCAGCUGCUGCAGUGAAGGAAGAGGGGAGUUACACACACACCCUCGUCUGACACACGUGGCCUGAGUGGGACAAACACAAGAGGAUCAUCAUUUUAAUACAGGAUGUUUUUAAUGACUGAAGCUCAGUACAAAUGUACCUUUUUUCUAGCAUUAAAAUAUGCCAUCAGUGCUUUGUCCUUUUAUCUGUGCAGUGUCUGCAUGAUCAUUCGUACGUUUCCUGUUCAAGUCCAUUUCCUGUUUGUUAUUGGCCUGGCUCUGUCCAGGUCAUGUUGUCAUAUGGGGCAAGUUGUUACAAUUACAUCCAGAUUUAAAACGGAUAUGAAACACUGAAAAACAAGUCAUUAAACCAUAAAAAAGUACAACAUAUAUAACUAUAACAAUGUUUUUGACAACAGAAAUUGUAAUCAAUUGUGUAAUUAUUGUAUUAGUUAAUGGAUUGGAAGUGUAUACAUUUUAAAAUGUUCAGUUUCCCUGACCUGACAUUUAUGAAAAUUAUCCUCUUUUAUUAAAAUCUACACUACCAUUCAAAA